AUGAACUUUGGACGUUCUCUACUGUCUCAUCGAAACUCCUUUUUUUCUUCGAAACUCCUUAAGCCAGUUAUUUACUGUAAUAUUCGUAAUAAGAAUAAGGCAUCUAAUUUUUUUCUGAUUAAAUGGAAUGAGUACUUCCAUGCGUCAACAUAUAACCGCCAAGAGGCAACCGGCACACCACCUCCACCAGAAGGAUUUAUGCCUGGUGUUGCUAACUCAAAGUUGAUAAAACACACUCACGAAGAGGCUAUAAAGGAUCCCGAGUUAGCAAAGGCUGGCGUGUCUCUGGGGGAAACGAAAAAGAUGAAUUUAUUUCAAUCGAUUAACGAUGCCAUGAGUAUUGCCUUGGCUACUGACGAAACAGCAAUAAUUUUUGGAGAGGAUGUCGCGUUUGGCGGUGUAUUUCGAUGUACAUUGGGCUUAGCUGAAAUGUUUGGACGAGAUCGAGUAUUUAAUACGCCAUUGACAGAACAAGGUAUUGUUGGUUUCGGUAUAGGUAUUGCCUCAGUUGGGCAUACCGCUAUAGCUGAAAUACAAUUUGCAGACUAUAUAUUUCCUGCAUUUGACCAACUUGUCAACGAAGCAGCUAAGUACAGGUAUCGCUCAGGAGGUCAGUUUAAUGUCGGUGGAUUAACGGUCAGAGCACCCUGUUCGGCCGUCGGCCAUGGUGGACAUUAUCACUCACAAUCGCCUGAAGCUUUCUUUGCUCAUUGUCCGGGUCUGAAGAUUGUCAUACCUCGAAGUCCGAUUCAAGCAAAAGGACUCUUAUUAGCAUCGAUUCGAGAUGCUAAUCCUGUUAUUUUCUUUGAACCGAAAAUUUUAUAUCGUGCAGCAGUCGAGCGGGUGCCAAUCGUUGAUUACGAGCUCCCGAUAGGGAAAGCUGAGAUUCUCAAACCGGGAAAAGACGUCACAGUAGUCGGCUACGGGUCACAAAUCUAUAUUCUUGAAAAUGCGAUUCAAAUGGCUGAGAAAAAAAUUCCCGGCCUAUCCUGCGAACUUAUCGAUUUGAGAACCAUAUUACCGUGGGAUGAAGAUCUGGUGGUAGAAUCCGUGAAUAAGACCGGCAGACUCGUCGUUGCUCAUGAAGCGCCGAAAACGUCGGGGUUUGGUGCUGAAAUUGCAGCUACUGUUAUGGAAAAAUGUUUUCUUCGAUUGGAAUCACCUAUACAAAGAGUUUGUGGUUGGGACACGCCAUUUCCAUUAGUUUUUGAACCAUUUUAUACACCUGAUAUGAUACGAUGUUACGACGCGAUAAUUAAUUCAGUCGAGUAUUAG